AAAAUCAAAAGAGAGGGAUGACAUUUUACUAGCAGGAUACUUUUCUUCCAACUACUCUAAAAAAAAGAAACGUUGUUCCACGCCAAAGGAAGACAUGGAGACACCUUUUUUCUUCUUCGUCUGUCUGCUUGCUGGUGUUCUUCCUGCGGAGUCUGUGAUCAGUGAAACUGGAUACGUAGGCAGAUCAGCAGUGAUCAGAUGUUCCUAUGAAAAACAAUAUGAAAGGAAAUCCAAGUACCUCUGCAGAGGAACGUGUCCGCGCAUCUUUGGAAGUAAAGACAUUCCAAUCAGCACUGAAGCAGGUCAGACCAAAGCAAUCAAUGACAGAUUCUCUCUGCAUGAUGAUACCACUGCUGGAGUCUUCACUGUGACCAUCACUGAACUAACUGCAAAGGAUUCUGGGAAGUACUGGUGUGCCAUUGCAAGACCACUUGGAAAACUUGAUGUGUACACUGAAGUGAACUUAAAUGUUAAAAAAGGUCCCCCUCCCACCCAGAUCUCAACACAUGCACCCUCCACUGAACCCCAAACUGUCUCAUCAUCACCUUCAUCUUCACCUCCAGCAUCCAACACCUCCCAGUCUGGGCUUAUCAGGAUGACAACCACAAGUGCUGAGCCUCAGGAGGACCCAGAAGACUCUGUCGUCAUGGUGAUCCUGUGUGUUCUGAUGUUGCUGGUCAUGAUGUGUGGGUUAGUUUCAGCCCUCUACUACAGACAGAGGAGGAGGAAGCAGACAGCAGCGUGCGGCCCAUCCAGCCUUCACAGUGAUCACGUUAGGGAGCCCAAUGGUUACAAUAUGUCUGAUGAGCUGGGCAGCAUUCCAGCAUCCAGGGCAUCGGUGAGUCGUCGUGAUAACCUUGCAGGUGCAUCUCAACGACCCUCAAUGAUCUCACUGUGCUCCACAGUCAGGCCGGUCACACAAGGCUCAGACCAGCCCAUCUACUGCAAUUCCCAUGAAGACAACGUCAUCUACUCCAAUGACAUUUUGCCUGAAGAAACAACAUCCCCCACAAUGCACUAUUCAUUUGUAUUUGUACCACAGUUGGGAAACACUGUUAACACUCACACGCUGGUGCGGAAUAGGGAAGGUGAUUUUCUCUACUCAGAAGUACGACUCCCCAAAAUGUGAGUCAAAGUAACAAGUGAAGACCUGAU